AUGGGCCUGUUCUGUUAUGGAAGUGGCCUGGAAGUGGGAGAACCCCUUUGGGUACCUCCAGGAGUGCUUUGGGCAGCUAAGGGUGGACCACCACUUCAAGCAUUGCUGACCCACUACAUGCUGGGUGGAGUGCCAGCUCUACCACCUUUCCUCGCCAGAUUAUCACCCUCUCCACCAGCACCUGCGUCCCCAAGGGCACCAGAGCCUAGCCAUGAACCUUUUUUUCCUGAACCAAAGGACUAA